UGCAUUGUGGAGUUGCUGUUCAUAACUCUACAGCUAUGGACUCAAGAGCUGUGUUUCUCUUUGUAUGGAUGUUGCUGUCGUCCACCUCCACUGGAAUCAAACUAGAUGGAAAUGGAUAUGUUGAUAUUGUCAUUGCAAUCAGUUCAACUGUACCAGAGGACAUGACACUCAUUGACAAAAUAAAGGACAUGGUUACUGAAGGUUCUGAAUAUCUUUUUCAAGCACUGGAUCAAAAAGUCUAUUUCAAAGAAGUCGCUAUAUUAGUUCCACCCCAAUGGUCUAGUAAGACUUUUGAUAAAGCAAGAACAGAAUCUUAUGAAAAGGCCAAAAUAAGAAUUGAUAAACAGAAUUCUGCAUAUGGUGAUGAUCCCUACACUAAUCAGUAUGGAGAAUGUGGAUCUGAGAGUCAGUACAUUCAUUUCACUCCAAACUUCCUCCUAGAUGACAAACUCAUUCAGCCUUAUGGGUCAAGAGGAAGGGUUUUCGUGCAUGAAUGGGCUCAUCUGAGAUGGGGAGUGUUUGAUGAAUACAGUGUAGAAAAUCCGUUUUAUCUUUCUUAUAGCCACUAUGAAGCUACAAGGUGUAGCAAAAGCAUAACAGGUGUGUUUUAUGACAUUACUACUGGAUCAAAUAGGUGCAGCAUUGAUCCACAAACUUCACUCCCUACGAAGGGGUGCCAGUUUUUGCCGAACAAAGAUCAGAACACAAACAGCUCAAUAAUGUACAUGCAAAGCCUAGAUUCUGUGAAUGCAUUUUGUAGAGAACAGGAGCACAAUAGUGUUGCCCCAAACAUGCAAAAUAAAAAAUGUAGCAACAAAGCGACAUGGACAGUAAUAUUUGAGGAUUCUGUGGACAGCGGCGCCCUUCGUUCUCUAAAACCCCUGCAAUACCCUCCACCAGCACCAUCUUUCAAAGUUGUGCAGAGGAUGAGUCGGGUUGUUUGUCUUGUGCUUGAUGUCUCAGGAAGCAUGCAAGGCUCUAGAAUUCUUCGACAGCAGCAAGCUGCCACACAUUUCCUCCGGCACAUCAUUGAGGAUCAAGCCAGUGUGGGAAUUGUGACCUUUAGUGAUAAUGCUUAUACUCUUAGCAGCUUGACUCUUAUUGACAGUGAGACCACAAGAGAGAUUCUCAUCAAAAAGUUGCCAAGUACAGCAAAUGGUGGCACAUACAUCUGUAAAGGCCUCAAUGAAGGCUUUAAGGUACUUAAAGAGGACAAUUUGGAUGUUGUAGGAGAUGAAAUAAUUUUUCUGACAGAUGGUGAGGCAUCAGACAACAUUAAUGAUUGUGUUCCAACUGCAAUACAAAGUGGUGCCAUUAUACAUACAAUAGCUUUGGGUCCCAGUGCAGAUAAUGCACUGAAGUUGAUGGCAGACAGCACAGGGGGGAAAUUUAUCAUAGCCGGUGAUGAUCUUCUUUCUAAUCAGCUAGUGGAUGCAUUUGCUUCACUAACCAUAACAAGUGGAGAUUACACAAAAGAACCAGUUCAGCUAGAGAGUGUUGGAAUGAAAACAGCUGAUUGGUUCAAUGGAACAGUAUCAGUGGAUCAGACUGUUGGGAACAAAACCAACUUUGUAGUAAUCUAUGAAACAAGUUUACCUAGUAUUUACAUACAGACACCAAGUGGCUCAAUGUACAGUCAAACAAAUAUGAGUCACGAUGGCUUGACAAAGACAGUCACUUUAAACAUUCCAGGGACUGCAGAGCCUGGAGAAUGGAAGUACAAUAUUUUAAGCAAAACACUUCAGUCUUUGACUAUGACAGUAACAAGUCAAGCAGCUCGUGCUGAUGUUCCUCCGGUCAUUGUCAAAGCCCACAUGAACCAGCAGUUCAGCGAUGGCAGUAAACCCAUGAUGGUUUUUGCUGAGGUUAGUCAGAAUUACAGGCCUGUAAUCAAUACUGAAGUGUGGGCGACACUGGAGUCUGAAUCUGGGACCACACAAACAUUACAACUCCUGGAUAAUGGAGCAGGGGCUGAUGCUUUCAAAGAUGAUGGCAUAUAUUCCAGAUAUUUCACACAGUUACAAAAUGGGAAAAGCAGCUUGAAAGUAAGAGCGAAGAAUGAAGAUGGGCAAGCCAGAUUUACUCUCCAAAGAGAGGGUGGUGCCCUAUAUGUGCCUGGAUAUGUAGUGAAUGGUGUAGUGGAGCUGAACCCUCCGAAGCCUCCAAUUACUGAGCCAACAGUUACAGUAGGAAGCUUCAUCAGAACAGCCACUGGAGAGAGUUUUGAGGUGUCUAUUCCUACAGGUACAACCCCACCAAAUUUCCCCCCAAACAAAAUAACAGAUCUGAUUGCUGAAAUCCAAGAGAACACUGUGUUUCUCAACUGGACGGCUCCUGGUGCGGAUCUUGACCAGGGAACAGCGAAAUCCUAUGAGAUCAGAUGGAGCGAUGACCUUGAAAUGCUUCGAUUAAACUUCAGCAUUGCUUAUUUAGUCAACACAUCUGCUGUCUUGCCACAGGAGGUUGGAUCAGUUGAACAGCAUUCAUUCAUACCCAAUAUUACAAUCCAAAAUGGCACAACACUUUUCUUUGCUGUUCAGUCUGAGGAUGAAGCAACAAAAUCUGAAAUAUCUAACAUUGCUCAAGCAUCAAAGAUUACCCUUAGUCCAAAUCCUGAGCCCCCAAAACUGUCAAACCCAGGCCAGAACGUGACAGCUAUUGUCAUCUCUGUUUGUGUUGUAACUGUGGCAGUAACUGUUAUUGUUGCUGUAACCACAUGGGCAGUAAGACGAAGAAAACGUUCAAAUUUUUAGACAACAUCCAAUAUUUAAGAUUAAAACAAAUUCUAUUAAUAAUCCUUUUGCCUAAUUUUUAAAUUACUAUAUACAUAUCCAACAACUUUUAAACAUUCUGAUCAGCAAAGUUUCUUAAUUUUCUUUAUUAAGUUUUCUGAAAAGUUUCUUUAUAUUGCAUACUUAUAGUAAAUACAAAUUAUGAAACAUUCUGUGAAAUUAUCUUUGUAGUUUAAAUUUGUUCUCAAAGACAUUGUGUGCUGAUUGAAGGGGGUGGGUGUGGGUGUGGGGGGGGGGGAGUUUGAUACCAUUAUAAAUAGCAAUAUUAUUAUUGAAUUUCAAAUGCAGUUAUCAAUAUUAAUAUUGCAUAUUUUCUGUCGCAUAUAAAUGUACAUUUGACUGUUGAGCAUUCAGUUGUGAGGGAGAUGUGAAUUCACUGAUUUUAACAACAAUAAAAUCAGUAAACAGUAAUCUAUGAAAGGCUAUGACAGUAGGACUUCUUUGCUGAUAUUUAUCUUUCAUUAGUAUCUUAAUUAUUGACAACCUUUUUCAUUAAAGUUCAUUGGAACUGAACAUAUUUACAGAGGGGGGAAAACUCAUAGCUUCAUCCUUAAUUCACGGGGGUCCAGGCUUCAAAGCUCUUGUUAAAUUCUCCUUUGUACUUUCUUUUAUGAAAAUUUACCACAGUUCUUGCAUAGUAUCCAGAGUUUAACUGU